CGACGGCGGGCUGCUCUCGGCGUCGUCCACGUGCACUCGCGUGGGGUGGGGAUCGGGCGCCGGAUUGGAGUAACCUACGGAGUUCUGUGGGGGCAAUUUCCCAUCGCUUGUGUAACAUUAUCUCUACAGGUAUAUGGCCUGACUUUGGCAUUUCAUGGGAGGUUUUGAAGAUGAUGAACCACCGUCAAAGCGCGCAAGAGCAUCCUCAGUAGAGCCAGCAAGUUUGUCAGUCACUUCCUGUUAUUCGAAAUCCGCUAAUCCUUUGGGAGGUGCAAUGGCUAGACCUUGGACUUCCCAAGGGAAAGAAGUUAUGAUUGGUUCUAAAGGUAUUAUUAAGAGGGACGAAUUUGUGAGGGUAAUCACAAAAGCUCUGUAUACUCUUGGAUAUGAAAAAAGUGGAGCUGUUCUUGAGGAAGAAUCAGGUAUAACACUGCAUUCCCAAUCAGUGAAUCUUUUCAGAAAGCAGGUGCUUGAUGGAAAUUGGGACAAUGCAGUAGUUACCUUGAACACGCUUGGUCUGGAUGAAAACACUGUGAAAUCUGCUGCAUUUUUGCUGUUGGAGCAGAAAUUCUUUGAACUCUUGAGAAAUGACAAUCUCAUGGGUGCUAUAAAGAUGCUACGGAGUGAAAUCUCCCCCCUUGGUGUUAACAGAAAAAGAGUUCAUGAAAUGUCAAGUUGCAUAAUUUCUUCUUCGCGAGUGCUUGUUUUUUCAAAGCUUGGAAUUGAAUGUUCUAACUCACGGUUCAAGCUCCUAGAGGAAUUGCAAAAGGUGCUUCCCCCUACUGUUAUGGUACCUGAGAGGAGGUUGGAGGAUUUAGUUGAACAGGCACUUACUGUACAACGUGAAGCCUGUUAUCUCCAUAAUUCUAUUGAUGGUUUGUCACUAUAUAUGGAUCAUCACUGUGCGAAGGAUCAAAUACCAUCUCGAGCACUACAGAUAUUGUGUGCACACAGUGACGAAGUAUGGUUUCUCCAAUUUUCAAACAACGGGAAGUAUUUAGCAUCGGCGUCAAAUGAUAAAUCUGCGAUCAUAUGGAAGGUCGAUGAAAGUGGCGAACUAUUGCUGAAGCACGUAUUGACUGGUCAUGAGAGACCAGUGAUGAUGGUUGCAUGGAGCCCUGACGACUGCCAGCUUCUCACAUGUGGAAUGGAAGAAGCCAUCCGGCGCUGGGAUGUUGAAUCUGGCAAAUGCAUUCAUGUUUAUGAAAAGCCUAGCCUUGGUCCGACGUCAUGUGGUUGGUUUCCAGAUGGAAAGCAAAUAUUGUGUGGCUUAAGUGAUCAAAGUCUUUGCUUGUGGGAUUUAGAUGGUAAACAAGCAGAUUGCUGGAAAGGGCAGAGGAUAUCAAAAACAUCUGAUUUUGCUGUAGCAAAAGAUGGCAAACUUAUAAUAACCAUCAAUAGUGAUUGCACAAUUCUUUUAUUGAAUAGGGACACAAAACAGGAGAGGCUGGUUGAAGAGGAUUGUACAAUCACUUCAUUUUCUCUUUCAGAAGAUGGUGAUUUCUUGCUUGUAAAUCUUAUAACUGAGAAGAUUCAUUUGUGGAACAUAAGGAGUGACCCCAUUCUAGUUAAACAGUACACUGGCCAUAAGCGCAGCCGGUUUGUCAUAAGGUCAUGCUUCGGUGGAUUUGAGCAGAGCUUUAUUGCUAGUGGAAGUGAAGAUUCAAAGGUCUAUAUAUGGCACAGAGCUAGUGGAGAUGUUAUCGAGACCCUCUCUGGCCACGCCGGGGCGGUCAACUGUGUAAGCUGGAACCCUACAAAUCCACAUAUGCUCGCAUCUGCAAGCGAUGAUCACACCAUUCGCAUAUGGGGGUUGAAGAAAGCCAGCACAAAGCAUAGGGACCAUGGCAGCAGUACUAAUGGGACCCAAGUGAAUGGUAGCGCCAACGGCAACGGUUUCGUUCAGCAGUGCAACGGGAGCCGCAGCAAAUGAUCGUAGCUCCUUUGGUAGCCCAUGCAAUGCUGUGCUUUCCUUCCUCAGGAAGAACACCGUAGUUUAAGCAAAGCUGCAGCACAGGUGUAGCCGUGUAGGGGGAGUGCAAAACCUGCUUGGUUUCCGGCGACAUCAACUGUCACAUUUAUUUCUCAAUUCAAGAUGGAUAGAAUUCAUAGUAUUUGCUCCGUGUCUAAUAGAUUUUUCUUUGCUCUA